AUGAAGUUUGUUAAAGUUAUCAGUCUCAGUUUAUUUUCUUUGGGCAGAACUAUCGCUGUAUGUGAAAACUCUGGUGGGAACUUUUUCUGCGACACUACCAACGCCGUGAUCUUCUCUAACGUUGGGUACCAAGGAUCUUACCAGGAUGUUGUGAGUAUGGAUGAGAAAACCGGUGAAUGUAUCCAGAAGCCUGUAACCUUCAGUGGCGGUAUGGCUCCUUUGAAUGAGGAAAUGUCUGUGCACAUUAAAGGUCCACUCAAGUUGCACGAAUUUAGUGUUUACUACCCAACUGCUGGUGGUUCCUUCAGUAAGCGCGAAGAAACCGUUGAGAAAAAACACAAUCAUGAAAAGAAGAGAGAUUUGAAGGUGGUUGAGGUUGUUCAUACUAUCUAUGUUGAUUCUGAGGGUAGAAUCAUCACUGGAUUAGGUGCCAAGCCAACUCCAGUUGUUGAGCAUGAUGGUAAGCCUAGUGUUCCACAAGGUGGCAAUGCUGAACCUAAGAAGGAUGAUAAGAAGUCUGAACCUAAGAAGUCUGAACCUAAGAAGGACGAUGCUAAGUCCGAUGUUAAGGCCGAGGACAUCGAAAAAUCUGGUAAGAAGGAGAACAGCAAACCUGCUAAGGUUAACAAUCAAUCCAAUCCAAAAUCUACUACAACCACUAGCUAUCGUUUAGCUUCUGCCACUGAUGCAGCAGAUUCUAGUAAUCUAGGCCCAGCUGUGUGGAAGAGAGUUUCUCACUACACCCCAGGUUCUACCACUAACUGUACGUUCUUCAACCACCACGGUGGAUCUGGCUCCGGUGUUUGGUCUUCUGCUUUCGGUAAUUCUAUUUCGUACGCUAGCGCCGAUGGUCGUUCAGCCGCAAAAUCUCCAACUGCUUUAGGAGAUGUCACGUUGAAAUCCAACGAGGAGUUGAUUAUUUUCUCUGGUGUAUCUUGUGAUGACACCAGUAUUGGUGACUGUGGUUACCACAGAGACAAUAUUCCAGCUCACCACGGUUUUGGAGGUGACUUCAAAAUCCUAAUGUUUGAAUUUACCAUGCCACAUGACAACUCUGGCUCUGGUGAUAACCAAGACAUGCCAGCUAUUUGGAUGUUGAAUGCUAAGAUUCCAAGAACUUUACAAUAUGGUAAGGCCACUUGUUCCUGUUGGAAAACUGGUUGCGGUGAACUGGAUUUAUUUGAGAUUUUGAAUUCCGGUUCUGACAAGUUAAUUGCUCACGUUCACAGUGGUCAAGGUGAUAACGGCAACGUCUACGGAGGUGGUGGUUCUCAAGACUACUUUACAAGACCAACUACUCAGUCUAUGAAGGCUGCAGUUAUCUUUGCAGGUGACUCUAAGCAAAUCCACAUUGUUAAAGUUGAUGGUGACUUCGGAGAUACUUUGUCUUCGGAAACCGUCAUGUCAUGGUUGAGCCAGGAAGGAUCCUUGGCUUUGUUGUCGACAUGA